AUGGCUUCGUUGCCCUCGGUUUCUGGUGAUCAGGGCGACCUGCGUGAUCCUACCUUGGAGGAAUUGUAUACAGGUCCAGUUCGUGCACUACCUGAUGAGAUCCAGCAAAUGCCAGCGGAAGACACGGCGUGUACAUUCUGUGGCGUCAGCUACUUUGUCUUUGCCGAGGUUCAGGCACUCCAGAUUACAGUCAAGCAGUACAAAAAGACCUUCCGAGAUUUUGUGCGGUUUAUGGAGUGUGAGCGCUCGGUAGCGCGAGAUUUACGACAACAAGUAGCUGAAUUGAAAGGUAGUUUUGCAGAACUUGUGGCAACUUGUAGCGCUAGAGUCAAGCAGAUUUCAGAGCAGAAUGAAGCGUAUUGUACAGUCAAACAAGAAGCAUUGGACCAGCUACAGCAGCUACGAAAAGAACUUUUGGAAUCUGAAAGUUCCCGUCGAGAGCUUCAGAUAUUAUCCGAGCGCAACGAAGAAGAACAAAAAUUGUCACACUCACUGGUCGAACAAAAACUACGCAACGAGAUUUUGCAUUUGUCAAGUCAAAUGGAGAGCUGCAAACUGCUCUCUCAGUCACAACAAGCAGCUUUUCAGGAAGAGAAUGACCGUGAUCAACAGCUUAUUCGAGAACUCGAGUCUAAGUUUGUGGAGGGCCAACAACAGUGGACAGCGGCUGAGCGACAAGUUGUAACUGAGCGAGAUGUCCUAAAGCAGCGACUUCUGGCCAUGAACGAGCGUGUGGAGCUGGAAUCGAGUACUGCACGACAGCUGGAAGGCCAGUUAACUGCUAUUCGAGAAGAACUUCGUCGAGUAGUAGCAGCUAGCGACACUGAGCGCAAGUCCAGUUCACAAAUGAACAGUGAGAUUAUCCAACUUAAGCAUCAACUCCAAAACCUGGAGAAGACGCGAGCUCAACUGGUUUCCGAGAACGGACGAUACAAGGACGACAAAUACAAACUGGAAGAUGAGAUUAAUACUCUGCGUCUUCGUGCAGAUCAGCUGCAAGGACAACUCAGUGUGAGUACAACUUCUACUGAGAAAAUAAAGAAUGAGUAUACUCGUGACUUGGAAAAGUUACGAGGGGAACAUGGUAACGAAAUCAGUCGUCUUCAACGAGACCACGCGAAAGUCAUUGAAGCGCUAAAAGCGAGUCAGAAUAAUUAUCUAGAAUAUCUGAAGAAAGAGACUGUGGAGCGUCAAGCGAAGGGGGAAGAAUCGUCACGUCUCGCGCGUUUAGCGAUGGAGAACAGACUAAAGGAUGCAGAGCGUAGAGCGAACGAUUGGAAAGAUCGUGCGUUGCAAAACGCUAGCCAGCGCGAGGUAAAUUUACUGCAGUCCAUGCUAUAUCUAGUUUUGGGGACCAUGUUGAAAAUUCAAUUCUCACAAUAGGAGGCCAAACGCAAUAGUUCACAUUACGAGUGCAUGAUUCAGACGUUGCAGGGUCGGCUCGACACAAGUGAACGUGAAAAGGUGAUAUAUUUUUUCGUACAUGUCCAUAUUUCCAGCUCACAUGUUAUGUUGAUAUC